CUCUUCAUCUCGCCGUCUGCGCGCACACUCUCCACGCCGCCAACAGGGAUGCAUCGAGGGCGAAGCGCAGCCUGAAAAAUGGCCCAGACUCCGCGCGUCUUGUGGAUCUAUCCUUCCCUUUUCCUGCUCACCUCCUCCGUGGUUUUUCACGUGUUGUUGCCGUGUGGAGCCUUAAGGAAUUAUCCGGAAAAUGAAGUGACGUUGCUGGACUCCAUGUCAGCCUUGGCCGACCUGGGCUGGGAGGCUUAUCCUAAUGAGGGGUGGGAGGAGAUCAGCGUGAUGGACGAGCGCAACACGCCCAUGCGGACGUACCAGGUGUGCAAUGUCAUGCAGGCCAAUCAGAACAACUGGCUGCGGACGCGCCACAUCAGCCGGGAAGGAGCGCAGCGGGUUUACAUCGAGAUCAAGUUUACCCUGCGCGACUGCAACAGCCUCCCGGGGGUCCCCGGCACCUGCAAAGAGACAUUCAACAUGUACUACUACGAAUCCAACAACGCCAACCUGUGGUUCAUCAAGGAAGGCCAGUACGUCAAGAUCGAUACUAUCGCUGCAGAUGAAAGUUUUACACAGGUGGAUGUCGGCGACCGCGUGAUGAAGCUCAAUACGGAAGUGCGCGACAUCAGCAAUCUGGGCAAAAAAGGCUUCUACUUGGCCUUCCAGGACCUGGGCGCUUGCAUCGCUCUGGUUUCGGUGCGCGUCUUCUACAAGAAGUGUCCGCUCACCGUGCUUAAUUUGGCCCAGUUCCCCGACACCAUAACCGGGGGGGACACGGCCCUGGUGGAGGUGCACGGAGCUUGCGUCAACGCCUCCGAGGAAUUUGAGGUUCCCAAGAUGUACUGCAGCGCAGACGGCGGCUGGCUGGUUCCCAUCGGGAGGUGUGUGUGUAAACCGGGCUUCGAGGAGAACAAGGACGUCUGCCAACCGUGCAGACUCGGGACCUACAAGGCCUCGGCCACUGACGCCUACUGCAACAAAUGUCCUCCUCACAGCUCGUCCUCGCAGGAGAAAGCCACGGAGUGCGUUUGCGAGAAAGGCUUUUACCGAGCCGACGGCGAUCCGCGCUCGAUGGCGUGCACACGUCCCCCAUCCGGUCCGGAAAACCCGAUCUCCACGGUGAACGAGACCUGCGUGACUUUGGAGUGGUCGUCCCCAAGAGACACGGGAGGACGGGGGGACGUCACUUACAGCCUUCACUGCAGGAAGUGCUCGGGCGAGGGCAAAGAGUGCGCGCCCUGCGGAAGCGCCGUCCACUUUGUGCCGCGGCAAUUUGGCCUCACGUCAGCCGCCGUCGCCAUCACCGACCUGCAACCGGAUUCAAACUACAGUUUCAUCAUCGAGAGCCAGAACGGCGUGUCGGACUUAAGUCCAACCCCCAAGGGAAGAGCCGUGAUUAAUAUUACCACCUCGCAAACGGUGAGCGUUGUGUUGAAGGAGAGGCGCAGCAAGGACAGCGUGACAUUGGCCUGGCAAGGUCCACAGAGACCCAAAGGUGUGAUCGUGGAGUAUGAGGUCAUCUACUAUGAGAAGAACCAGCGGGAGCAAAACUACACCGUUUUGAAAACUCGCUCCACCAUGAUGACAGUGGACGGAUUGAAACCGGGCACCACCUACGUGUUCCGGGUCAGGGCUCGAACCGCCGGCGGCUACGGCAGCUACGGCGGAGAGAUUGAACUGGAAACCAGCCACGAAGACGUCUUUGCGAUCGGAGACCCCAACCAGACCACCAUUCUGGCCGUAUCGGUGGCGGGCGGCGUGGUUCUCCUCAUCUUCUUGGUGACGUGCUUCGUUGUUAGCGGAAGGCACUGUGGAUAUAUCAAAGCCAAGCAGGACCCCGAUGAAGAGAAGAUGCAGUUCCAGCAUGGCCGAGUCAAGCUUCCCGGCAGUCGGACCUACAUCCAUCCUCACACCUAUGAAGACCCCAACCAGGCUGUCAGGGACUUUGCCAAAGAGAUCGAUGCGACCAAUAUUCGCAUCGAGAGAGUUAUUGGAGCCGGGGAGUUUGGGGAAGUGUGCAGCGGGCGGUUGCGCGUCCAAGGAAAACGUGAGAUCUACGUGGCGAUCAAGAGUCUGAAGGCGGGCUACUCGGACAAACAGAGGCGGGACUUUCUGUCAGAGGCCUCCAUCAUGGGACAAUUUGACCACCCCAACAUCAUCAGGCUGGAAGGAGUCGUCACAAAAUGUAAGCCGGUGAUGAUCAUAACAGAAUUCAUGGAGAAUGGAUCGCUGGACACCUUCCUCAAGAAACACGACGGUCAGUUCACCGUAAUCCAGCUGGUGGGCAUGCUGCGCGGCAUCGCCUCAGGCAUGAAGUACCUGUCGGACAUGAGCUAUGUUCACCGAGAUCUCGCCGCACGAAACAUCCUGGUCAACAGCAACCUGGUGUGUAAGGUGUCUGACUUCGGCCUAAGUCGGGUUCUGGAGGACGACCCGGAGGCUGCGUACACCACAAGGGGAGGGAAGAUCCCCAUCCGGUGGACGGCUCCGGAGGCCAUCGCCUACAGGAAGUUCACCUCCGCCAGUGACGUGUGGAGUUACGGAAUCGUCAUGUGGGAAGUGAUUUCGUACGGCGAGAGGCCCUACUGGGAGAUGUCCAACCAGGACGUGAUAAAAGCAAUCGAGGAGGGCUACCGUCUUCCUGCGCCCAUGGACUGUCCGGUGGUCCUGCACCAGCUCAUGUUAGACUGCUGGGAGAAGGGACGCAGCGAGCGACCCAAGUUUGGACAGAUCGUCACAAUCCUGGACAAGCUCAUCAGAAACCCCGCCAGCCUCAGAGAGCUGGCCAACAGCCCCGCAGGCGAGGAGCCCACCACUCCAGAAUUCAGUGUCAGCACUGUGGACGAGUGGUUGGAGGCCAUCAAGAUGGGCCAGUACAAGGAGAACUUUUCCAGCUCCGGAUACGUCAGCUUAGACUCAAUCCUGUACAUCAGUGUCAGUGAAUUGGCCAAAAUGGGCGUGAGUCUCGCCGGCCACCAGAAGAAGAUUUUAUCCAGCGUGCAGAGCCUGCAGACCCAGGGGACGCAUGUCCAAGUAUAACGCCCUCUCCACGUCAACACACAUCGAGAGAGAGAGCCCAGAGUGGGGACGCCCGUUUUAAGUUUCCCUCCCCUACGAGAGGGAGAGACGUCAACAAGACACUCCGUUGGUUUUAACAGUCACCGAGUCGGAGGACAACACGGGCGCCUUCCACAUUCUUGCAUCAUUCUUCCCCCUCCUGAACGGACGCUACCGGCUUCGGAGUGCCGGCGGCAACGCCACCGCCAACAUCUACGGCAUCAUUCGCAUUGCAACAGCUUCGAAAAUACAAAUCAACAUUGAAAAAAAAAAAGGAUCGAGAGAGGAAAGACGAGAAAAUAGAAUCUCUUUCUCACGUGAAGGUUUACAAUUGCUUUUGUGGUCUUCUGCUCGCCGCUUGAAGAGUUUGAAAGGCGCCGCGAGUACAUUGUUUAUGUGUAGAUGUCCGUACGUUAGGCGGCGGCGAGUCCCACACCCGUAUCCAUGUGUAGAUGGACCUAACGUUUGCUUUGGUUUUGAGGAUUGUAUGCUAGUUUCUACCGAGCGCGUGUUCCUACGUCCUCCGUUCGUCAGCGCUACACAAGGAGGAAGGACGUGAAUGUUUGGCUGUUGUGAGGGCUAGCGGACCUAAAAAGGAAGUAUUGCAACCGGUAAAAAUGCGUGCACACGGGGGGCAAAGUGCUUCCCUCCAUCUACCUAGACUUGGACUAUCCAGAGUCCGGUUUUCUUCCAUGUCACCAUUGCCAGCAAUAUCCAGAAGAAUAUCGAUCAGAUGAAAUCCAUUUCCUCGCUUAUGAUUCAUGAAGGGAAUAGUUAGUUGUAUAGCAAAUGUCAAAAUCAAGUUGACACUGAAACCGAGGGGUUUUUUUUUGGUGAAGGGUCCAACAAUGGUUGAUGUAGUCCUCAUUUGCGCUUGUAUGGCCAGAUGGUUACGUGGCCCUCGUCACAGCUAACGUAUCUCAAACACGCAACCUUAAGUUUGACAGCAAACGGCUCACCUUCCGUGAGGAAAUUCUUUGCCGAGCAGUCGGGCGAUCAGGUGAAAACUAACGGGACCUUUGGAAUGGCACUGAACCUGGUUUUGGGUGUUUUACAAUGUAGGGCAGAGAGUGGCAUCCCGCACCAUAUAUACGAUUGUAUCAUAGUGUAAAAUAUGUACAGUGUUGAUUUCCAAUAAUACGAUGUUUGUAACGAUGACGAGGAUGACCGUGAUGUACUCUUGUUCUGAAGAGAUUCGCGAGUGGGUGUUCAAGGGGGGGCAAAGAGGAGAAACGCACGAGGUACUUGACGCGUUCGAACGGAGGAAUGUAGCAUGGGAAAGGAGCUUCGUCUUUGAUUGACGGGCAACGGCGAUCACGGUUUCGACAUCAGAGUAGAACGGACUUUGGCUGAUUCCAACCCAAAAAUCUCAUUGGCUGCUUGAGUGUAAUUCCGGAGGCUCCCGCUGCACUCUGACAUUCCAUGAUUGUGUUUGUGCAAGCAGGGAUAAAAUGUGAAUUCUUUUUUUUUAUAUGUACUUGCACUGAAAAUGACACUCACUCACCAAACUGAUGAUUGUCCAAUCAUAGCAACCAAAAGUAAUCCUAGUUGACCCUGCUAGCAUUCACAAUUAACAAAAUGCGCAAGGGCAUUGGAGAGGACUUACGGCGCUAAGACGGACUUGCGGGGAUGAAAGGAUUUGGGGGGGUUGUUUUGAUUGCACUCCCAAAAUAGGAGAAGAAACCAUUGAAAUGAGUUCUAGAAUAAAAUGAAUAAAAACAGUGUUUGGUUGCCAAAAAGGGGUGACUUGGGGAUUCGUUUGGCUCAUCGCGCUUGUGGAAAUGACACGUUCAUUGUAAAAAAAAAAAAAACGGCACUCUCGCAGUCCAAGUGAGGACACGAGAAUGGCGCUGUCAGACGCGUCACUAUCGGACCACUUGGGCAGAUAAUACCCUAAAAGUCAGCUUGGCUGUUUGGAGUCAGCUAGUGGAGAUUUUUUUUUGUUCAGCCUUUCAAAAACAGAACAUGAAUAGCCGAUCAUUUUCACGACUUUCCACAACAGCCAGUCAGAUGAUUUAUCAUUGCCAAACCGUUAGACCGUAAAUCAAAAAUACUCUCAUCUGACAGCGUGAGCACAUUCUACUCAUACUAAAUUUGCGAUUUCAUGUAUCGGGUGGAGUUCCCUUCAACGGUGGCCUUUGGGAUGCCUUAUUUUCUCUUUUUGUUGCCCUACGGAGGCUGAAGUGUACGUCAAGGAAGGAUUUAUCUGCUCUUCAAAUGUCCACGCGUCAGCACGCUUUCAUUGGAAACAUGGAUUUUGAUAUCUUGAUGUGGGGAAACGGUUUGCAAAAAAAAAAAAAAAAAGGAAAAAAAAGUGUUGUUAUUUAUUUUAUGUUCUGUGGAACUAAAGGAAUGCAAAUGUGAUGGACUGACGCACCUUUGGUCUAUCUGGAUGCAUAUUGUGUUUUGACAUGGUUCCAAGAUUACGUCAAGAUAAAAUGCCCCCACCUCCCAACCCACCAAUCGGAUAUGGCUGAAACGGCAUCACCCAUUCACAAUUAAAGUCCCUGUUAAGUGAAACAAAGGAACGUGUCAUGAACAAUCCUGGCAAAUUUGAAUGAUGAUAAAAAAAAUAAUGAAAUUGCCCGAGCACAUAGCUAAGUAUGAGUAUGUAUGUCACCUGAAAAAUGGAUGCCACUUCGUAAAAAAAACGCAAAAAAAACAUGUCCGCUUCAAAUCUCUGAUGGCUGAAGGACUGCCAGGACAUUGUGGGACUUCAAACGUCUCAAUGAGAGGCGCUAGCCAGCAAUCAUUUGCAAAGUAACGGCCAAACUAAGUAACUCGUAAUUGUGCCGGAAAACCACUGAUGUGUACGUAGAGCGAGACAACAUAGAAAUGCGAUACGCUCCAAAACGAAAAUCAGGAAAACAGAAAUAGUGAGAAACAGGUUGACAACUACCGUAUUUCGCCACAAUUGGCUCCGUACAGCUGUCAGUGUUUUUUUUUCUCCAGCUGUCGGUUUUUGUAUGAUUUCAGACCCCCCCCCCCCCGCCCUCACCACGUAUAAUGCAUUUCCAAACCUAUCUCAGAAUUUACAGUAUUUUUUUUUAAGAUGCCGGCACACUCCUUUUGUAAGCCUCAAAUCCCAAAUUUGUCCCCAAUUUCACUUGCUGACGUCAAGUCACGUGGCUCGGUUUGGCGUCGUCUUUGUCCUCCGUCUGCGUUCUUGUGAAUGUUCAACGAGUGAGUCUUUUGAACCUCCUCUCAACUUUUCCUUUCUUUGGUCACCAAAUAUUGUCGAGGGACCAUCAAGCCAAGUUUCCUCCUCUGUCUUGCUCGUCGUGAAGCUUGUCAGCAUUCUCCUGUCUUUCAUGUCGCUGUAAUAAAUAUGCUAAUAUUUCUAAUUUCUUA